AUGGGCAGGAAGAGGAAACGGUCCUCUGGACAGUCUAGCCGAGCCGUUUACCCCAACAGCAGCUACUACCUGGUGUCGAGCUGGGAUUUCGACCCCUCAGCACCAGGCACCUUCACAGCCACCACUUUCAGUCGCCACACUGACUUGGAGUACCAGCUGAGAGCCGAACCCCUCUUUCUCCUGAGGGGUGACGUUAUUCUUGAGGAUGAGGACUCAUUACGGCCCAAGAGGUCUAGACCAGCCAGGUCCUCCGUGCCAACCAGCGGCAGAAGGUCCCCACAACCAGGGACCUCACGAGACCCCUCAGCACCAGGCACUGACCCCCUCCUCAUGCUGAGUCAUGAUGUUGGGUCCCCACAGCCAGGGACCUCACGAGACCAGCAGAGAGCACGGUCACCCCUUCCACCAUGGCGAGAGAUUCCUGCUGUUACGGAUGAAGGUACUGCACCUCUGACCCUUAUCACCGAUUUCCCGGCUGAUCGAGAGGAUCUUCCAGACAGCUUUUCUGUUACCCAUAUGGGCCCACCCUAUAUUGAAUUUGAAUUCAACCUGGUGGACGAAGAAGUGACCAUAUGGCAGAUCCAGAACAACCGCCCCCAGAAUGUCCCUUUCGACCUCCCCACCAUGCUCUUCAACCCCGAGAACGCAACUGAGCAAAGUGACUGUAGGAUCUGUCUGGCCAGCUAUGCGGAGGGAGAGGAGCUCACGACUCUGCCCUGCAGUCACAGGUUCCACAGCACCUGUGGGAACGCGUGGCUGCGGCAGAACCCCACCUGCCCCAUGUGCAGAGCCCCAGUGAGCAGCGCAAACUGA